AUGGUAAAUCGCAUGGCAGGUUUAUGAGAAUACCUAUCAUUUAUUGUUUAGCUGUCCGACCAGAUCUGUAGAUUCGUUGCCAAAUUGCUUUAAUCGGGACUGCCUGACCGUAUCUAAGAAACCCUCAGUCAUAAUUAUCUAUGCAACUGAAUUGGUAAAGCAAUUGGGGACACUCAGAUUUUAAUUGACUGGUUUUAUUUGUUGACCUUGACGAGAUGUUUGGCAGUUACAUCCCACAACCAGAUCCCAUCGAGUUAUUUUUAAGAGUUUGACAGCUUACGGUGGAAAAAUUGAAAAACCAAGUUUUCACAAGGUCUUCAAAAUUUACUAACUAGGGAAUGUCGCAAUAAAUAAUAUUCUCUUAGCGCAUAUUGUUGUGAAACCAUAAUCUCAAACUCUUAUUAUCUAGAAGGGACCUCACAAACUCUUCCUCACACCUUGUUGUUCUGGAACUUCCGGACUCUCCUUCCCGUUCCCGGGACAUCGAAUUCCUUGUAAAACACCGUGAUGCGUGUGAAUAUCUUUCGUUAUCGCAGAUUGUGGCACAGAAAUAACUUUCUUGACUUUGUCAACUGGGAUCCAUUCGAAGACGAUCCGUUGGAAACGGCCUUUUUCCACAACCAAGAUCCUUAUUUUCCAAGAAUACACAGAACAAUUGGUGCCAGUCAUAGACCAGUUUCGUACCCAUUCGUGAAACGAAAUGACGAGGACGUUUUCAAACUAGUCUUGGACGUCAAUGGAUUCAAUCCGAGUGAACUUUCGUUGAAACUAGCCGGUCGUGAGCUUCUUAUCAAGGGCGCUCACUCUUGCAACAGGAAAACACAGAUUUCUUGUUUCCAACGGACAUCCUGCUGGCGUCGCACACUCCCAGACGAUGUGGAUCUAAAAUCUAUAAGAGCAAAGUUGUCCCAGCCAACCAUUCUAGAAAUCGAGGCCAAAAAGCUGAAGGAAAACGAACGUGACGUACGGAUUGACUGUCUGGAUAGUUUGGGUGAUCAGUCACAGAGAAACAGUAAGACGAACAGUCGGUUUGACGAGACGAGGUCCAUUCAAAGACGAGAUGACAGUGUAAAAACUUUUCAGGAAAUGGAUGAGGCCACAGUUGAGGUAGUUCCGGAUGACAAUGUAGAAAGUGACUCCCAGUGAAGCGAAAUUCGUAGACAGUAUAAUAGGUGACAAUGAAAUCAGUUGCUUUAAAUGGUUUUGCCUUAAUAGAGCUGUUUUUCGAUUGAGUUUUGAAAGAAAUCCACGAUUAAUUUGGUUUUGCUUAACUACGCUCUAUGAUUGGUCCAGAAACCUCGUGCCACCUCAACCAAUCAGACUCAAUACUAACGUCAAUCCUGAUUUGGACUCUCGCGUUUUCCCGCGUUUAUUAUAGUUUGCUUGUUUUUACUGAGAGUUUUAAUUGGCUAAUGAUAAUGUCAAUCUUCACUCCGAUUGGCAGUUGUAGUUACUUUGGUUUCAGUUU